GAGGAGGCAGAUUCUCGAAAAAGAAAAAAAUAAAACCCGAAGAAAGAAGCUUCUUUUUUUCUUCACAUUCCUCCUCUCUCCUGUGCGUUUCUUUAGCGUCCUUGACUCACUUUCCUCGAAAUUUAGGUCUAGAUUUUUUCUGUUUUUGUAUUUAUUGAGUCAAUUUCUAUAAAUUUCUACAUUUUUCCACAAUCUUUGAUUUAUUUAGAAUUUUAGAUACGGAAUCAUUCUACCCAUUGGGGUUUUUUUUUUUUUUUUUUUUUUUUUUUCAAAAAUUAACUUACUGGGUCUCUGAGAAAUCCAUUUGGGUAUCUGGAGUUGUUUGUUUCCCGGGAAAGUUAGUUGCUUUUGCCAAGAAAAUUAGUGGGUCGUCGAGAAAAUUCGAUUUGAGCGAAAGCUGUAUCUGGGUUUUCUCGAUUUGUGAGUUGGGGUCCAAAAUCGUCGCAAAAAGGAAGCUAUGACGGUCCCGACAAUAGCUCUGUACGCGGCGCACCCGUGCCAGAUCAACGCGCACACCUCACACGAUUUCGAAUUGGGCUCUCGAUCUUCUUCGUCAACGGCGUCGACCCCCUCCACUUCGCAGAAGCCGGUGACUGGCGGGCUCUCGUGCCUAUUCUCCUCGCCGACGGUGAAGCAUGCGUCUUCCUCGUCGAGUUUUUCGGGCGGAGGAGAGGAAUUGGGCUCUCUAUGGCACGAUAGAGGCGAGGAAUUGAGCAGCUCGUUUCGGUAUUCUGGGAGCAAGUUCAAUGGGGCUUCGAUGAACCGGGACCAGAGCCCGGUUUCAGUGUUUCAGGGUCCGGUUUCGUCUUCCAGUAGUGGUGUUUCAGGGUCGGCGAGGAGCCCACCAAUGAGAAUUACAAGGGAAAGGUCUGGCAAUGGAGAUAUUAGCUUGAAUUCGAUUCGGUGUAGAAGUAAUGGGUUGUUUAAUGGGUUUGUGAGGGGUGCUUUGGGCUCUUCCUGCAUAGAUUACGACUCGCCGAGCUUCAAGGUUCAGACUGAUGGUUUGGAUGUGGGUUCAUCAGCUGUGCUUGUUGAUGAAUUGACUUUCAACAUGGAAGAUGGGUUUUUGGAGGGAAUUGCUGAGCCUUAUGCUAAGGAGUUGCUUGUGGGUGCGCAGCUGAGGCACAAGAUUUUCUAUGAAGAUUUUAUUAUCAAGGCCUUUUACGAGGCUGAGAAAGCGCAUAGAGGGCAGAUGCGAGCAAGUGGCGGUCCUUAUUUGCAGCAUUGUGUGGAGACAGCGGUGUUGCUCGCAUUGAUCGGUUCUAAUUCGACAGUUGUUGCUGCAGGGCUUUUGCAUGACACGCUUGAUGAUUCUUUUAUGUGUUAUGACUACAUAUUUGGGAAAUUUGGAGCCGGGGUUGCUGAUUUAGUAGAAGGGGUGUCUAAGCUCAGUCAUUUGAGCAAGCUUGCCCGUGAUAAUAAUACUGCGUGCAAAACAGUUGAGGCAGAUCGCCUGCAUACCAUGUUCCUAGCCAUGGCAGAUGCCCGUGCUGUCCUCAUUAAAUUGGCAGACCGAUUGCAUAAUAUGAUGACACUAGAUGCAUUACCCUUGGCUAAACAACAGAGGUUUGCAAAGGAGACUUUAGAGAUUUUUGUGCCCUUGGCCAACAGACUUGGAAUCUCUAGCUGGAAGGUGCAGCUGGAAAAUUUAUGUUUUAAGCAUCUCAACCCGGAUCAGCACAAUGAACUGUCCUCUAAGCUUGUAGAUACGUUUGACGAGGCAAUGAUUACUUCUGCCACGGAGAUAUUAGAGCGCGCUCUCAAGGAUAAAGCCAUUUCCUACCAUGUUCUUUGUGGGCGGCAUAAGAGUUUGUAUAGCAUCUACUCCAAAAUGUUAAAGAAGAAGCUAAACAUGGAUGAAAUACAUGAUAUUCAUGGGCUACGUUUGAUUGUCGAAAAUGAGGAAGAUUGUUACGAGGCACUUAAAGUUGUUCACCAACUAUGGUCUGAGGUCCCAGGAAAGUUCAAGGACUACAUAACUCAACCCAAGUUUAAUGGCUAUCAGUCAUUGCACACUGUGGUGAUGGGUGAAGGCAUGAUUCCACUGGAAGUGCAAAUUCGAACGAAGGAGAUGCAUUUGCAAGCUGAGUUUGGAUUUGCAGCUCAUUGGAGAUACAAGGAAGGCGACUGUAAGCACCCCUCGUUUGUGCUUCAGAUGGUUGAGUGGGCCAGAUGGGUGGUCACUUGGCAGUGUGAGGCAAUGAACAGAGACCGCUCCUCUAUUGGCCGUGACGAUUUAAUCAAGCCACCCUGCACAUUUCCUUCGCAUUCUGAUGACUGUCCAUAUUCUUACAAGCCCCACUGUGGUCAAGAUGGGCCGGUGUUUGUCAUCAUGAUUGAGAAUGAUAAGAUGUCUGUGCAAGAGUUUCCUGCAAACUCCACUGUUAUGGAUCUGCUGGAAAGAGCUGGGCAAGGGAGCUUGAGGAGGACACCAUACGGGUUCCCACUGAAGGAAGAACUGAGGCCCAGGCUGAACCAUGCGCCAGUGAACGAUCCUACAUGCGAGCUGCAGAUGGGGGAUGUGGUGGAACUGACUCCAGCUAUUCCGGACAAGUCCUUGACAGAGUACAGAGAAGAGAUUCAGCGCAUGUACGACCGGGGCUUGAGUGUAUCGAGUGCAGGGCCUGCUAAUAGUAUGGCAGGUUGGAGAAGUUGACCGGCACGCAGAUUGUCCUGUUUAUGGUUGGUUGUAUCUAGUGACACCAAAGUCAUUCUUAUAUAUAAAUGAAAAGCAUUUGUACAGAACAGGUACGUGGUUCUGUUAUUCAAUGACUAACUGAAUUCAACGAGGUGUUAAAAUUGUUUUA